CAUACGAGCUGAAGUCCUCGUCCCCGCCACCCAGCGAGUUUAUCAGGAGAGAAACUACAACCCCCAGCAUGCUCUGCGCACCGCCCCCGCCAUUCCAGUCCCACGGCCACAGAUCCAAUCAGCUUGUGGAUCGAGCUCGGAACGUUAAGUCUCCGGGUUCGUUGGUGCUGUCGCCGGGUUCGAGGUUCCGCCUCCUAGCUCCAUUUCCGUCAAUCAAGAGGAACCUGAUUAUUCCGUCCUACGCAAACAGCCAUUCGUGGAAAGAAAGGGCCAGCCCUGCCUUGUUCUGCCUACAUUUUGUAUUGGCCUUAUUUUUUUCCCUUCUUAAGCAAUGCAGAAUGAGUGAUCAAAAGGAGGAAAGUAUGGCCACCCUAACUGAAGGAGGGAAACCUGGUGAAUAUUUGCAAAUCAAAACAUCAGGCUCACAGGACACCCAGCCCUCUCCUCUCGCCCUCCUCGCAGCCACUUGCAGCAAGAUCGGAUCCCCGGGGCCGGCGGAAGGGGCGGCCGUCGCCGCCUCCACCGCGCUCCAGGGUGGUCAGCUCGUUAUCGACCAGGGCUCGGGAGCGGUCCAUCAGCAGCAGCAGCAGCAGCAACAACAACAACUCGAAUUGGUCACCGCUCAGCUGUCGGGAAACGGCUGGCAGAUCAUCGCCGCCGGGCCCUCAACGACGAAAGAAGGCGCGGUUCAGCAGCAAGGGGCGUCGGCGGCCACGACCGGCGGCGAAGGAGAAGGCGGCGGCGACGGCGGAGGCGGCAGCAGCAGCAACAACAACGACGGAGGCGGCAAUAACGGUACCAGCGGACAGGAUGUCCCGGCCGGAUCGCCCAACCGCAUCCGGCCUAUCGUGUCGGCGGCCGGUCAGUACAACGUGGUGCCGGUGCAGAGCCUCCCGAACACGGCCAUGGUGGUGAGCGCGGGCUCCGGGGCGGUGGUGGCGGCCUCCUCCUCGUCGUCGUCUACCUCGUCCUCCGGCCUCCAGUACCAGGUGAUCCCGGCGGCGGGGGCCGAGGGGCAGCAGCAGUCGAUCCAGAUCGUGUCGGCGGGGAGCCUGCUGGCCCCGCCGAGCCGGAGUUCCUCUCAGGCCGGGUCCCUGGCUAACACCGUGCCCAUCCAGAUCCGAGCGGCCGGUACCGGCAGCGGCGGCGGUGGCCUGUCCAUCCCUCUGCAGUUACAGGGUGUUCACAUUUCCGGAGCUCAGGCUCAGAUGGUCGCCACGCUGCCCAUUAAUCUGGGAGGCGGCGUGACUCUGGCCGUGCCCAUCAACAACAUGGCGGCGGCCGGAGGAGGAUCCAUUCAGUUCGUCCAACCUUCCGGGGAUGGCGGCCUCUCCAACGGCGGAGCUCAGGCCUUGUCCACGCCCAUCUCCGGCGGAGCCUCGGCGGUGAACAACACGCCCGAAUCUCCACCUCCCCAGGCUCCACCGGCCUCUUCUACAGCCAGCACCGCCUCCCCGUUGUCCGGAGGCACCGCCGCCGCCGCCGCCUCCUCCUUGCUCCAGCCCUCGGACGCCGUCUUCAGCGAGCCGGUGGGAACCGAAGAGGAGCCGCAGGCCUCCGCCGCCGCCGAAGGGGAGGGGGACGCCGCUCAGCCCAACGGCCUGCAGAACCUUCCAGAAGCGGGUCAGCAGCUCCAGCUGCCGUCUCCCCUCCAACAGCAGCAGAUCGUCCAGGCGCAGAUCCCGCAGCAACAGGCCGUCGCCACCAUCCAAGGCCAGGCCCUGCAGGCUGUCCAGCCCCAGACCCUUCAGCUGUCCACGCUGCAGAAUCCCACUCAGGUCAUCAUUCGCGCACCGAGCAUCACACCGUCUGGGCAGAUAAACUGGCAAACCAUACAGCUGCAGAACAUCCAGAACCUUUCAAAUGUACAGAUCCAGAAUGCCCAACAACUGACUGUGACCCCAGUGUCUUCAAGUAACUCUGGUGAAACAGCGAUUGCCCAAAUUACCCCUGUAACUGUUACUGGUGGUACCAUUAAUCUAAGUGCUGCGCAACUUGCCUCUGUUCCUAACCUUCAAACAGUCAACAUUGGCAGCUUGAGUUCAGGAGGACUUCAGGUGCAAGGAAUACCAGUGGCCAUCGCCAAUCUAACAGGUCAACAGCAGACCCAGGAUGGUGGCGAUACAAAAUGGCAUAUGAAAUUGCAGCCUGCAACUGUAACUCCUGUUACAGUAGCUGUUGGCAACAUUGCCAAUGCUACACUGGGCACUGUUAGCCCUAACAGCAUCACGCAAGUACAGCUCCAACCAGCUAGUGACCAGGAUGUUCAGCCUGGGAAAAGGCUAAGGAGAGUUGCAUGCUCAUGCCCUAACUGCAGAGAUGGAGAAGGGAGGAGUUCAUCUGAACCAGGGAAGAAGAAACAGCACAUUUGCCACAUGGAGGGUUGUGGCAAAGUCUAUGGGAAAACUUCCCACUUACGGGCACAUCUUCGCUGGCACACUGGUGAGAGACCAUUUGUGUGCAACUGGCUGUUCUGUGGGAAACGUUUCACCCGGAGUGAUGAAUUACAGAGGCACAGAAGAACUCAUACAGGUGAAAAGAAGUUCUCCUGCCCAGAGUGCUCAAAGCGGUUUAUGCGGAGUGAUCAUCUUUCAAAGCAUGUCAAAACCCACCAGAACAAGAAAGGUGCUGCUGUUGUCCAAAGUGUUGGGAGCGCCUCACCAGACAUGGAGGCAUCUGUGGCAGAAGUUCUCGUCUCUCCCAGAAUAGUUGCCAUAACAACUGCCUCCCAGGAUUCCAGUCCAACAAUGCCAACCAUGGCAAAUAGCAUAGAUGAAUAUUGAUAUCUUUAACAUGCAGCAGUCUAGAUACAGCACUUAUCGAUUUAUUUCAAAGAAGUAGAAUCAAUAUUAAAAAUCUAGAAGAGCGUUGGGGGGUGGAAACAACAAUUAGAUUGCAAUUCAAAACCUGUUACAUUGAUUUGGAUCUAACAUUUUAACUGAAUUAAGUAGCAAUAUGCCCAGUAGCUGUUGAGCACCAGCCGUUUAUUAAAUUUGCAUAUUGAGUAUUAAAUUUAACAAUCUCUAAAAGUUUACCACUUUAUUAAAAAUGCCAUUAAGAUAAUCCCUCUUGGAAACAGAAUUGCUUGUUUGACACUAUCCAAAAUAAGUCUGUCAAUUAUGCUUUUUGUUUUUAAUUGUGCAAUCUUAAACAACAAACUUCUAUUAAUUAUAGCUCUUUAUAGAGAAUCCCAUUUAAAAACAAUGAAGAUCUCCACUAAGCUUGCUUUAUAACAUAAUCUUGGCCAGAUCAUUUCUAAUGGUCACAGUUUAGUAACCAUGCUGAUUUAUUAAAAAAAUUACUGAUUUUCUUUUUUUGGGGGGGGUUUUAAAAAAAUCAGUUUUUCAACUCCAUCUCCUCAGUGGAUGACAAUCGAAAUUUUAAAAUAAUUGUAUACUAGAACCAUUUGCUUUAACAGGUAACCAAAUUAUAAUGAAUAUAUGUGAAAUAAGUGGAACCAGUACGUUGGUAAGUGACUGCAAUAAUGGAGAGGCUUAAGGUGAUCCUAGUUUGAUUAAACCUCUCUGUAAGGAGGAAGAUUUUAUUCCAAGUUUUAUUCACAUGUGGAAUAGAUCUCAACUUGUUAACAUUUAAUUGUGAUGAAUGUUUUUGUAGAAAUCUGAUGUCUGCAGCUGUUUAGUUAAUGGAAUAGCUUUCUAGGAUCCUAAUUGUUGAAAGCUGUCAGCUAAGGGGAAUAUUUGGUUACAGGGUGGCAAUUAUAACUCCCUUGGAUGUCUAAAAAGAAAACUACUUCUAUUUUUCUUUUCUUGUGUAAAAUACUUGUUUUACAAAUGUUUUCAAUUAAACUUAUGCAUGUUUUUUAUUCCUAUACUGACUUUUCUCAUUGUUUAGGCAUAAAUUUGUUUGUUUGUUUCUUAAAACAUUUUCAUGGACCAGUUAGUUCUUGUUAGCCCAGUGAGAGAGAGAGUUUUUGUCUGACCUUUACAUAUUUGGCUUUUGUGUGUAUAUGUCUGUUUAUUUUUUGUUUGCUCUUUAGUUCAAUCUUUUAGGAAUCAUAAAUUUAUAUAGAAUCUCCUUUUCAUAACGCUAUCCUUGCUAGAGCUGUCUUCUGGAGAUAAACUAGACACUGAUUUGAUCCAGUGUCUUAGUAAGUCUCUUGACUGUUUUCAGUGCUCAUUCCUUUUUGUACAAAUAUGUUUAUACCACCGAGUUAUUCGUGUAUUUUGUUGGUCUUAAUCCUUGGUACAGCUAUAUAAGAUUAUGACAUGUAUAGUUCUAUAAAUGGUCAAUGUUGCCAUUAGUAAUACUUGCAGGUUUUUUCCCCCCAGUGAGUUGGUGUCUUGUUGCAAGUGGACAUGGCUGUAGAAGAUUACAGUUCUGAAAUUUGCAUCUUGAUUAUUAUUUAUCACAAGUAUUAUUUACUUGCAUACUAUGUGCAAGGCCAGAAAUGAAUGAGAUGUAUUUGUAGGUGCAAGUAAAUUUGUCCUUUUGGGAAGCAGUAAAAUAUAAAAUUAUAUAUAUAUAGAUUUUCAUCAAUAUAGUCAUUAACUACCGUAUUGUGAUUAUAGUUUGUUUCUGGCCUUGCAAAGUACUUUUACUUUAACUUAUGUCUGAUUCCAUUUGUGCUUAUAAUCAUGCAUGUAAUGAUUAAAAAGAAAUAAUUGCCCAUCAAACUAAAUUCUAAAUAACUUACAGAUGUUUAAGAGUAAAAAGUACACAAUUAAUAUGUGUAAAAAUAUUAAGAGGGAAUAUUGUUGAUGGUAGCGUUUAGGGAAAAAAAUAAAUUUUGGUUUUGAAUAUCAGACUUUCUACAACAAAAUUAUUAACCUGAAUAUUUUGUUACAAUAAUUCACUUGUAAAUCUUUUUUUAAAAUGUGUUUUCCUGGCAUCAUAAACUUUUAAUAUUGGAUUCUGCCAGAAUGGCCUUAAAAGGCAUGAUUUGUUCACAUUUUUAUAAUGCAGAUUUGUAUAAAAGAGUGCAUUUUGUGGUGAAAGUGUUUUUUCACCUGCAGCAGAAAACUGAACUUGUCCAUUAAAAUAUCCUUUAAGUUGA